AUGGAAGUGACAAACCUGAGCCGAGGGAUGGAGUUUGAACUCUUGGGCCUGACCAGAGACCCCUGGCUCCAGAGGCUGCUCUUUGUACUGUUCCUGGGCAUGUACACCAUCACCGUGCUGGGGGAUCUGGUCAUGUUCCUCCUGAUCCAUGUGAGUGCCACCCUGCACACGCCCAUGUAUUACCUCCUGAAGAGGCUGUCUUUCUUGGAUUUCUGCUACUCCUCCACAGUUGUCCCUCAGACUCUGGUGAACUUCUUGGUCAAGAGAAAGGUAAUUUCCUAUCUUGGCUGCAUGGCUCAGAUGUUCUUCUACGCAUGCUUCGCCACCAGUGAGUGCUAUCUCAUUGCUGCCAUGGCCUAUGACCGCUAUGUUGCUAUUUGUAAUCCGUUGCUGUACUCCACCAGCAUGUCUCCUGGGGUCUGCAUCUCUCUGAUUGUAGGCUCCUACAGUGCAGGAUUUCUCAAUUCCCUUAUACACACAAGCUGUAUCUUCAGUCUGAAAUUCUGUGCUCCUUACGUGGUCACUCACUUUUUCUGUGAUGGACCACCCAUCUUGUCCCUGUCCUGUGUGGACACUUCACUGUGCGAGAUCUUGCUCUUCAUUUUUGCAGGUUUCAACCUUUUGAGCUGUACCCUCACCAUCUUGGUCUCCUAUUUCUUAAUCCUCAUCACCAUCCUGAGAAUGAAAUCAGCCCAGGGCAGGUUCAAGGCAUUUUCUACCUGUGCUUCCCACCUCACUGCUGUCUGCCUCUUCUUUGGCACAACCCUUUUUAUGUACCUGCGCCCCAGGUCCAGCUACUCCCUGACUCAGGACCGCACAGUUGCUGUGAUCUACACAGUGGUGAUCCCAAUGCUGAACCCCUUAAUCUACUCACUGAGAAAUAAGGAUGUGAAAGAUGCUUUAAGAAAGGCUUUGGGCAGGAAAAUGGUGGAAUGACAUUUUCAAUUAGUUGCCGUGUCUUUAGAAAGCCCUGGAACCUUUCUCUUAUGUGGUGCUACCCUGAGCAGAUUCCCUGCUGUCCGUGGGAAUGGUGGCCAACCCUGCUGAUCGGCAUAAGUGUCUACAUC